CCCGAAGGCGACGCCACUGUUCUGGUGGCCAAUCAAGAGAAUCGUAUACUUUUGCAAAGUCUCACCUCAUAUAUAGUGAAGGACACGAGCGCUGUGGACGAAGAGGUGGCCUCAGCCUUCCUAUCGGCGCUCAUACCGAUGGGCAGUCAAAUACUGUCGUCCACUCCGGAGGUGUUGGGCUUUUCCGAGUUAAUGCAGAUAAUGACAACACUCGCCGGUGCCGGCACUGGAACCGGUCAUCUGGAGCUAAUCAAAGCGGUGAUCAAUUGGUUGGACACUUGUAAACGAUAUUUGUCACAAAAGGAUGUGAUCGAAAAGUUGCAAAACAAUAUCAUCGCCGGACGACACCAAAUGAUUAUGGAGUCGACGUGUUAUAUGCUGUCAUAUUUGGCCGACAUUUACGAUGCGUUAGAGUUGCUAAGCGAGACGGCGUCCACCGGCGGGCGUCCGUCCACUCCCGACGGCGACACCGUUGGCCCUAUCGAUGACGACUGGAUGGAUGAGAUUCCCUGUGCGGACGACGACGAGUCGUUAGCCGAAGACUCGGACGAAGAGUCGCUGUGCAAUAAGUUAUGCACUUUCACCACAACUCAAAAGGAGUUUAUGAACCAACACUGGUAUCACUGCCACACAUGCAAAAUGGUGGACGGCGUCGGCGUGUGUACGGUAUGCGCCAAAGUGUGUCACAAAGACCACGACGUGACGUACGCCAAACACGGCUCCUUCUUCUGCGACUGCGGCGCCAAAGAGGACAACUCAUGCAUGGCUUUGACCCGACGCACGGCCAACGUUGACGUACGACACCAAAUGAUUAUGGAGUCGACGUGUUAUAUGCUGUCAUAUUUGGCCGACAUUUACGACGCGUUAGAGUUGUUAAGCGAGACGGCGUCCACCGGCGGUCGUCCGUCCACUCCCGACGGCGAUACUGUUGGCCCCAUCGAUGACGACUGGAUGGAUGAGAUUCCCUGUGCGGACGACGACGAGUCGUUGGCCGAAGACUCGGACGAAGAGUCGCUGUGCAAUAAGUUAUGCACUUUCACCACAACUCAAAAGGAGUUUAUGAACCAACACUGGUAUCACUGCCACACAUGCAAAAUGGUGGACGGUGUCGGCGUGUGUACGGUGUGCGCCAAAGUGUGUCACAAAGACCACGACGUGACGUACGCCAAACACGGCUCCUUCUUCUGCGACUGCGGCGCCAAAGAGGACAACUCAUGCAUGGCUUUGACCCGACGCACGGCCAACGUUGACGUUGCGCCAAAGUACCACGACGUGACGUACGCCAAACACGGCUCCUUCUUCUGCGACUGCGGCGCCAAAGAGGACAACUCAUGCAUGGCUUUGACCCGACGCACGGCCAACGUUGACGCCACUAAUUACCCGUCUCGAGACACCUAUCCAUCGGAUUCCGUUUUGCCCUCUUCUCUAAGACGUCCGUCUUCUCCAUCGAUGGAAAAAAAUUUGAGCCAAAGUUUUGACAAAAAGGAGUCGAUGUCUCGCAUGAAACACGAAUCGCUGAUCAAACAGUUAGAGAGCAGUAAAGCAGAUAUACUGUCCGUUCUGUCAAAUAUGAAUCUAUCGUCGAUUGUAUUGAAUCUAUUGAAAUAUUUGAGUCCAGCGAUGAUCAAGUCGUGUCUCAGGAACUCGUCGAUCGGCAGUUCCAUACGCGCCAAAGAGGCGCUCAAAGAACUACACUUUUGCGACAAAUCCAUUGAAUCGAGCGAUCAGUUAAUGGUUCCGACGCUGGGCUCACAGGAGGGAGCGUUUGAGAACGUGCGCAUGACUUUCACCGGAGAACAGGGCCAACAGAUCCGGCAACUGAUCCAACAGCAAGUGAUACGCCGGGUGGCGAUGUGCGCACUCGCCUCACAUCACGGCAAACGGCAACACUUGGCCGUCAGCCACGAGAAGGGAAAGAUAACGUUACUUCAAUUGGCGACACUCUUGAAACAGGCCGACUCUUCCAAGAAGAAACUGACGCUCACACGACUGGCUCACAUCACGGCAAACGGCAACACUUGGCCCCACGAGAAGGGAAAGAUAACGUUACUUCAAUUGGCGACACUCUUGAAACAGGCCGACUCUUCCAAGAAGAAACUGACGCUCACACGACUGGCUUCAGCACCGCUGCCCUUCACCGCCAUUUCCAUUGUCGGCAAUCCCUGUAACGAAGACUAUUUGGCCGUUUGCGGCCUCAAAGACUGUCACGUAUUGACGUUCUCGCAGUUAGGUGUUGUCAGUGGUCACCUCGUGCUGCACCUGCAGCUCGAGUCCGGCAAUUAUGUGAUCAAAUCGGUGUGGCUUCCGGGCAGUCAGACCGAGUUGGCUGUGGUCACCGCCGACUUUGUCAAGAUCUUCAAUCUCGGUCAAGACGUUUUGUCGCCCCAAUACUUCUUCCUAUUGCCGUCGGGAAAGAUACGCGACAUUACGUUCGUAUUGACCGAAGACGGCCAAAGACAUGUACUCAUCAUCUCAUCCGCCGGACAUAUCUAUUGUGAUUCACAUCACGGCAAACGGCAACACUUGGCCGUCAGCCACGAGAAGGGAAAGAUAACGUUACUUCAAUUGGCGACACUCUUGAAACAGGCCGACUCUUCCAAGAAGAAACUGACGCUCACACGACUGGCCUCAGCGCCGCUGCCCUUCACCGCCAUUUCCAUUGUCGGCAAUCCCUGUAACGAAGACUAUUUGGCCGUUUGCGGCCUCAAAGACUGUCACGUAUUGACGUUCUCGCAGUUGGGUGUUGUCAGCGGUCACCUCGUGCUGCACCUGCAGCUCGAGUCCGGCAAUUAUGUGAUCAAAUCUGUGUGGCUUCCGGGCAGUCAGACCGAGUUGGCUGUCGUCACCGCCGACUUUGUCAAGAUCUUCAAUCUCGGUCAAGACGUUCACAGCGGGGUUAUGAAGAAGGAUAACGGCAGCCCUUUCUAUGCGCUCAUAACUGGCUUCUGCCGGUUUCUGUACAUGAGUAGUAGAUCUGAGGAGAGCAGCGCCCAAAACGGCCAGUUCUACGUCACCUCCAUUCUCGACAUCAGACACGACGAGAUUAUUAUCGACUCGAAUGGCAAUAUCAACGGCGGAGGCAUUUCCAUCUACUACUCCCAUACGUUUCAACUCUUGUUCUUCAGCUAUAGUCAAGGGAAGAACUAUUGCGCUCCUCUGCCGACAGUCACCCAAGAGAUCAGUAAUCCGUUUCCCAUCGAAAUCAUGUCCACGUCUAACGGCAGCGCGUCGUCCAAUGGCUCGUCGAGUAAGUCUUCGUCGUCAUCGAUGCAGUCGUUGUGUCAGUGGACUGAAGUGAGCGGACAUCCGGGCCUAAUACUGGCCACCUCUUUGGCCUCAAACAAUCCGAUUAUAUUAAUGAUUAAACCGAAUAGUAUUGUCGUACAAGAGAUCAAACUGAACGGCAAAUCAAAGAUUACAGAUAUGGUAGCGAUGAGACACUCGACACAAAACGGCGAUAUGAGGACAACACUGAUACUCCUCUGCGAAGACGGCUCUUUGCGGAUAUAUAUGGCCAGUCAAGAGGCGACUAAUUAUUGGUUGCGACCAUCGCUUCACUCAACACUCAGGUGUUUGCCGUCGGUUUCGUCAAAGAGUCGUCGAUCGAAAAAAUCGACUAAAAUUAUCCGAAAUAACUCGACAACAGGUAUACCGCAAUUCGCGGUCGACUUCUUCGAGCACUGCAAUCCCAUAAGCGAUGUGGAGUUUGGCGGCGCGGAUGUGCUUCAGAUCUAUAACACGCAUCAGGUGAAGAACCGCUUGAAUACGACCGGUAUGUACAUCGCGUCCACCAAAGCCAACGGUUUCUCAAUUGAGAUCUAUAACAACGACGCGACCAAUGUUAUGGUCGGCGUGCGAGUGAUGCUCGCCUAUCAGGACGUGACCCGAGCGCCCACCGCUAUCGAAGUGUUUGGCCGCUCUAUUCCGGUGGCCGUUAACCGCAACCGAUGGUAUGACAUACCGUUCACUCGCGAAGAAUCGUUGACCGCCGAUAAAAAGGUAACACAUUUGGCGAUUAUGACAAUAACAUUCGCGGCGAGCGGUGACCCAAACUCUGUCACAAUUGUCGACUCCAUUAAAGUUUACGGCAAAACAAAGGAGGCGUUCUCGUGGCCCGACGACACCGACGAAUAUCAACCAAUCGGUUCCGGAGCCGCCGCUGCCGUUUCGCUGCCGACCACUUCGGCAAUAUCUGUGGUCGAGUUUGAUUCGCAACAAUCGGCGCAACAUUUGUCAUCGUUGGACCGUUUGCUCACCUGUUCUCUCGACGUACUCGACGGCUGUUUUCAUUUGUCGACCAUUCCGUCGGAUCCCAAAGACAGGCAAUCGCAAAGAGACAACGCACUGGAGAUCGCCACUCAGUUCCUGACACUCCCUUACAAUGAAUGCGUGGAAUCUAAUGUCAAAUCACUUUUGGCGACUCUUCACUCAAAUCGUGUCGCCUAUAAUAGCCAUAGAGAUCACGCGAUUGUCAACUAUGUUAUCAAAAGUAUUGACAAUUCGCUUAAGAAUGACGAACUCGACGGCGAAUCAUUCUUCAGAUGGAUUUCAAUGAUUAAACAAAUAGCUUUCCGACUAAAGGAGGCGUUCUCGUGGCCCGACGACACCGACGAAUAUCAACCAAUCGGUUCCGGAGCCGCCGCUGCCGUUUCGCUGCCGACCACUUCGGCAAUAUCUGUGGUCGAGUUUGAUUCGCAACAAUCGUCGCAACAUUUGUCAUCGUUGGACCGUUUGCUCACCUGUUCUCUCGACGUACUCGACGGCUGUUUCCAUUUGUCGACCAUUCCGUCGGAUCCCAAAGACAGACAAUCGCAAAGAGACAACGCCCUGGAGAUCGCCACUCAGUUCCUGACACUCCCUUACAAUGAAUGCGUGGAAUCUAAUGUCAAAUCACUUUUAGCGACUCUUCACUCAAAUCGUGUCGCCUAUAAUAGCCAUAGAGAUCACGCGAUUGUCAACUAUGUUAUCAAAAGUAUUGACAAUUCGCUUAAGAAUGACGAACUCGAUGCUUUCUGGCUGCGCAGCAGCGGUGCCGACGGCGGCGGCAAUUGCAUCGAAAGCAUCGAAAUGAUUUCUAUGGCUUCUUUUACUAGCGAUCCACGUUUACUUGAUUCGGCACAACCGAUAGAGCCUUUGAUGUAUACAGAUAUCGAUUUAACAGAGAAUUACGAUCACAUGAGCGCUAAUAGAAACGACACGAACAGCAAAAUAUCGUUUUGUCAAUAUUUAAGUGAUAUAUUUUGGAAGUUAUAUUCAAUGCGUCCAAAGAAUCCAUUGAUUUCAACCAUUGCUAAAGGAGGUUUGAUACAUAUCGAAGAGACCGUUCAAGCAUUGGUUGAGAUCAUACACUCUUUCGCUUUGGCCGACUCUGACAACAACAUCCAAAUGGUGUGCAAACUGUACCUAAAACUACUGCUCAGCGAAGAGACGGCCAUCAUCGUUGAUUCGCGUACUGCGGCCGCGAACCCGAAAACGUCGCGUAUAUAUCCCAUCGCCGCCGCAUGCAAACUGUACCUAAAACUACUGCUCAGCGAAGAGACGGCCAUCAGUUUCUGCGCCAAACAGUCGUUGAUUCGCGUACUGCGGCCGCGAACCCGAAAACGUCGCGUAUAUAUCCCAUCGCCGCCGCACUGCGAGACACCGCACGACAACAAUAAGGGCGGCUCCACGUCCUCGCAGUCUGACCGGCCAUUGGGCCCGAUGUCAGCUCAGGGCAGUCUCGAAGUGUUUGUUCACGACAACCCCAUCGACCGACACCACGAACCCGUCGAUCAGCACUUUGAAGUGAUCGAAGCGCUCGAUGUGGUCAACGAUAACGACAAUCCGCAAGAGUUAAUGCUUGGCGCGAAUGCCGGUUUCCCGCAUAUGUUUAAUCCCGAUGUGGACGCUAUGCCCGACGACGACGCGAUGGUUGAGUUGGCGAUUGCGCUCAGCCUUCAAGACCAGCAACAAGACGUUCCGCCGCCCGUCGCGCCCAAUGUGGCCGUUCGUCGGUCGGUUUGGAAGAUCGCGGCCACUAUUCAGAUACAACCGUGCAAACUGUACCUAAAACUACUGCUCAGCGAAGAGACGGCCAUCAGUUUCUGCGCCAAACAGUCGUUGAUUCGCGUACUGCGGCCGCGAACCCGAAAACGUCGCGUAUAUAUCCCAUCGCCGCCGCAUUGCGAGACACCGCACGACAACAAUAAGGGCGGCUCCACGUCCUCGCAGUCCGACCGCCAAUUGGGUCCGAUGUCAGCUCAGGGCAGUCUCGAGGUGUUUGUUCACGACAACCCCAUCGACCGACACCACGAACCCGUCGACCAGCACUUUGAAGUGAUCGAAGCACUGGAUGUGGUCAACGAUAACGACAAUCCGCAAGAGUUAAUGCUCGGCGCGAACGCCGGUUUCCCGCAUAUGUUUAAUCCCGAUGUGGACGCUAUGCCCGACGACGACGCGAUGGUUGAGUUGGCGAUAGCGCUCAGCCUUCAAGACCAGCAACAAGACGUUCCGCCGCCCGUCGCGCCCAAUGUGGCCGUUCGUCGGUCGGGUACCCAACGGUCGGUCAGUUUGGAAGAUCGCGGCCACUAUUCAGAUACAACCGCUUCGGCGGCGGCCAGCGAUGACGAGGGCUCCACCGCCGCUACCGAUGGCUCUACGUUGAGGACAUCGCCGGCCAAUGAGAUUCUUCAGGGCAACGAAGCGGGCAGUGAGUCGGGCGGAAGUGUUGUCGAAUCGAUUAUAGGCGAGCAUAACGUGAGCGGUCGCAGUUCCGCUUACGGCGAAGAGUUGGGUCCACCGCCCGUCAGAGUGCAACCAAUGAUCAGCUUUGAGUCCACUCUCGAACCCGACAUAACCAACAAUCAAAGACUGCAUAACUUGAGAAUCGCUUUACUCGAGAAGAUGAUCGACUCUUUGCCCGAAAUCCGUAACGUUGGAGGUCUGCGAUCGAUACCAUUCAUGCAGGUGAUUCUUAUGCUAACAUCAGAUCUCGACGGCGAAGGCGAUGCCGACAAAACUGUGUUGAAUUCACUGUUGGGCACACUUUUGUCACAAUUGUCUCAAAACUCUGACGACAUAUCGCUUAUGAUUCAACGAAAUGCCACAAAUGAAGUCAAACUAAUUAUAAUGCGUUUACUAAGCAUUUUGAUGUCUCGCGUCCGCACCGGUAGCUCAUCUAAAGUGCCCUCUUCUGCGUCCGAUCUAUUGGAGACUUCUUCGGCCUUCUGUUCCACAGUUACGGCCACUACUCUAAUGCAGUCAAAUAUUCUGGACUUUUGCCUUCAGAUUCUCGUCCAUUUGUUGUCCUAUUGGAAGACCUAUACGAGCGAAGACAGUACGGGAACGUCGGCUCCGUUGGGCACUACGAGCUCCACACCACUCAAAUCACACCUUCUGACACCACCGCCAGAGAUGUCGCCAUUCUUUCUGCGCCAAUACGUGAGAGGACACGCCGACGACGUCUUCGAGUCGUAUCCACAACUGGUGACCGAAAUGAUACUCCGAAUGCCGUAUCAGAUCAAGAAGAUUGCCAACGCUCUGCCCACGAGUCCGGCCACAGCGCAGUUCAGCCCGUGUUGGACGGACUACCUGUGCCAGUAUAUGAUGAUCAAUCUGACGCCAUAUAUUCGCAAACAGGUCCGCAAACUCUUGUCGUACAUCUGCGGCUCGAAAGAGCGCUACCGACAGAUCCGUGACUUACACUCAUUGGAGUCGCAUAUGAGUGAAAUACGCAAACUGUGCCGAAACGGCGGUUUCGUAGAGCACUCGCACCAAAACGGUAUCAUAAACCUGUCCUAUGACGCACUCAUAUCGCUGAUCGAGCACUUGAAGGCCUGUUCAGAGAUCGCCACAAAUCGUACCAUCAAUUGGCAGAAACUGUGCCAAAAGGACUCCACUUUAUUGCCGUUUCUCAUUCAAGUGAGCUUUCUUUUGGACGAAGGCGUCUCCUCUAUUGUCCUACACUUACUUCAGUGCGCUCUCUGUGCCAAGUCUUCGGCCGCCACCUCUUCCUCCGCUUCCAUCGCUCCCAGUAGUGGUCGUUUCGAUGAGGACAUGGAAGAGCCCAUAAACACUCAUUUAGUGCAACAAAUGUUGAAAUACGUGGACAACAAUCUGUUGUCACAAUUUAUACAAUGCUUUCUAUUGGAGUCUAACUCGAGUUCGCACCGAUGGGCCGCACACUCUCUCAUCUACAAUAUGUACAAGAGUUUUACGGCUCAACAACAGGAGACACUAUUGGACAUACUGUGGGCGCUGUGGCCUAAACUGCCCUCAUAUGGCAAAAAGGCCGCACAGUUUUUAAUAUUGCUGCUUUUCCUCGCGCUUAAGAGGCUCUUUCGCGAAUGUCAAAACGCCGUUGUCUUGGUUGUGGACAAGGCAGUGGGCUUAUCGUUAAAUAUGUUAUGCAAUGUUAGCAACCAUGAGUUUGACGGCUACUAUCUGGAGAGCGAGCCGUGUCUGGUCUGCAAUAAUCCCGAAGUGAAUUAUCUGAAUAUGAAAUUGUCGUCCAUUAAAGUGGACUCGAGAUUCACGACAACCACACAUAUCGUCAAACUUAUCGGUUCGCACACCAUAUCCAAGAUUACGCUCAGAAUUUCGGACAUUAAACGAUCAAAAAUGGUGAAAAAUCUAAACAUAUUUUACAACAAUCGAGCCGUGCAUUCGGUGGUGGAGUUAAAGAACAAGACCGCCCUUUGGCAUCGCGCCCGACGCUAUCAACUGUCCGCCGGACAAACAGAGCUGAAGAUCGAGUUCCCGCUGCCGAUCGUGGCCUGCAAUCUGAUGAUAGAAUACGCGGAGUUCUACGAGAAUAUACAGGCGUCGAGCGAGACGUUGCAGUGUCCGCGCUGUUCGGCCACAGUUCCGGCCAAUCCGGGCGUUUGCACCAAUUGCGGCGAAAACGUGUUUCAAUGCCAUAAGUGUCGAGCAAUCAAUUAUGACGAAAAGGACCCAUUCCUCUGCAAUUCGUGCGGUUUUUGCAAAUACGCAAAGUUUGAUUACACACUGACAGCCAAACCUACGUGUGCUGUCGACCCCAUCGAGAACGAAGAGGACCGCAAAAAGACUGUUCAAAGCAUUAACUCUCUGCUAGAAAAGGCCGAUCGGGUCUACAAGAGCUUAAUCGCUAACAAACCAUCGUUAGAACUCUUGCUGUUGAGAAUACAAGAACACGGAAUGAUGGAUAAGUACGACACCGAAUCGGUGCUGAUGUUAGCGCCAAACGCUGGCGCCGGACCCGCCGGUGCGGCCAACAAUCACGUGAACCGAGCCAUACAACAGGUGGCCCUCAAGUACUGUCAGGACUGCAAGUCUUCGUUCGACGAGUUGUCGAAAAUCAUUCAAAAAGUGUUGGCUUCGCGUAAAGAGUUAGUCGAUUACGACAACAAACAGAAAGAGAAGACUUCAAUGCCAUCCAACUUCACGCCACGACUCGGCGCCCGACGCGACUCCAAAGUGACCACUUCGUUGGCCUCGUCGUCGGGCCGUUGUUUUGGGUGCGCUUCGGCUACUGUUGAGCACUGCAUCACACUAUUGAAAGCGCUGGCAAUCGCACCGAAAUACCGGUCGCUGUUGUGCUCAUACGGAUUGCUCCGCGAAUUAGUCGAUUACAAUCUCCGGAUCGGCUCAAACAACGUUCGCCACGAAGUGCGGCAACUGUUGUGCUCAUUGAGUCGCGACAACUAUAGGGCGACCGCCGAUCUUAACAAUCUUCUCAUGGAUAAGAUAUCGGUAGCGCUGAAGUCGAGGUCGGGCGCCGCCAUCGACUUGUCCUCAUCGGUGCGGCACGAGAUCGCACUCCUGGCCUGUUCUAUGGAGAAGGAGGAUUCGUGUUGGGAACUACGGCUCCGGUGUGUAAUGCAAUUAUUCCUAAUGGGUCUGCAAAUUGAUUCGCCGGCAGUACUCGACUCCAUAACACUUCCAUGUCUUCGAUUGCUUCAAUCGCUUAUAAAGCCCGAGACGUCGAUCAAAAAUUGUGUAAUGCAAUUAUUCCUAAUGGGUCUGCAAAUUGAUUCGCCGGCAGUACUCGACUCCAUAACACUUCCAUGUCUUCGAUUGCUUCAAUCGCUUAUAAAGCCCGAGACGUCGAUCAGUAAGAAAAACAAAGACAAGUCCAUCGAACAGUUGGCGACCGUUAAGACCAAUGUGGUUGGCCGGCGAUCAGAGACACUCAUUCAGGAGUUGGAAACAGAGGUCCGCCAAGAGGUCACCGACUUCGAACAGUUGGCGACCGUUAAGACCAAUGGUUUCCAAAUUAAUGUGGAUUUGAAUAAGUGGUUGGCCGGCGAUCAGAGACACUCAUUCAGGAGUUGGAAACAGAGGUCCGCCAAGAGGUCACCGACUCCUCAACUAUCGACAGAUAUUCCCAAUGAGACGAAAAGCAGAGCUGAGAUAAGACAACAGUAUUUGUGCGAAAAGUAUGGCUUGCGUUGGAAAGAGCGGGCGCUUAAAAGUGAUAAACUGGUGGCCGGACUGGUGAGGGCGAGUUGGCUGCGGUCCAUAUUGUUUAACGGCGCGUCCCGUUCUGUGAGAUUGAUGGCCUGUUCGCUGAUCGAAGCCCUCUUCCAGAUUCCCUCACGAAAGCGAGAGAUAAUUGAUUUAUUGACCUCUUAUUUGGACGACUUGGGACAGGCGGGAGAGUUUGCCAACGAGUUUUUCAACUUCUACCACACUAUCAUCCAAAGAGAGCACUGGAAGUACUAUUUGGCACUUCACGGACUCCUCCAACAUCUGGGACUUCUCAUCACUAAAGAGAUCGAUAAUCUGAACCAAUUGGAAGAGAUUUCAACUUCUACCACACUAUCAUCCAAAGAGAGCACUGGAAAGAUCGAUAAUCUGAACCAAUUGGAAGAGAUAACACUCAACUCAGACCUAUCGCAGGGAUGCGCUCUGAAAAUGUUGGUCGAGUUGUUGCAGUCGUUGAUUGACGUGUCGACCAUUCGGCGCCAAUACAAGUCCCGAAUGGUUGCCUUCGUUCUCAACGGUUACCUAUCGUUGAGAAAACUGGUCGUUCAGCGAACCAAAGUGAUCGACGAGACCCAGGAGUCGCUGUUGGAACUGUUGGAAGAGAUGACCACCGGUACGGAACUGGAAACGGCGGCCUUUAUGUCUGUGUGCGUCGAUGCGGUCAACAAAUGCCAAAUACACGACAUGAUUACACCCGUCUUCAUAUUCGAGAGGCUUUGCUCUAUCAUAUAUCCCGAAGAGAACGACUCCAUCGAGUUCUUCAUCACUCUGGAGAAGGAUCCACAACAGGACGACUUCCUACAGGGCCGAAUGUUGGGAAACCCUUACAGUUCUAACGACACAGGAAUGGGUCCAUUGAUGAGAGAUAUUAAGAAUAAGAUCUGUCAGGACUGCGAACUCGUGGCUCUAUUGGAGGACGAUUCAGGUCUCGAGCUGUUGGUCAACAAUAAGAUCAUAAGUUUGGAUCUAUCAGUCAAAGAAGUCUAUCGUAAAAUCUGGCAAAACGACAAUAACAUCGAUUCGGAUGCAAUGAAAAUUAUUUACCGAAUCCGUGGCCUUAUGGGCGACGCGACCGAAGAGUUCAUCGAAUCGCUGGACACCAAAGAUAAUAAAGAAGUGAAUGACGAAGAGCUGUACAAAAUGGCGAACAUUAUGUCCGAAUGCGAUGGCCUUCAAGUGAUGCUCCAACGGCUCAAAGUGAUCGAAGACUUAUCGCCUCGAAGUCGGCUAUUGAUGCAGGUUUUGCUCAAACUUUUUGGACACUGUAUUCGGGUUAAGAACAAUCGACAGGCGCUGAUCGACCCGUCACUCAACACGAUCGGAGUGAUGCUAAAUCUCUUAAAACUGAUCCUAACAUCGGAUUCGGCGGAACUGAUAUCGCAACCAUCGGCGCCCGGAUUUCCUUCCUCUUUGGAACAGUUGAUGCAUAUCAUGGAAACCAUUUUAGUGGAGGCCUCGCAACUGAGCGCUCAACAGUUUGAUCUGUUCUGUUCGACCACUUGCGGCACCAGCGAUGACAUCAAGCUUUUGGCCCAAUCGGCGUCCUCUCCACUCAUCAGAGGAAACGUAUCCCUUAUGACACAAUUAACUCGUUUAAUACCAUUCCUAACGCUGGGAAACGCCGAUAAGAUGUGCACACUUUUAGACCACUUUAAGCCGUACCUUAUAUUUGAAAAGUUUGACUUCGACCACACGGCCGACACCGACCACACGUUGGAACUGUUUUGUAUGAUGUCUUCGGGUAUCGAACGCAACCAAAACGGCGCCCGACUUAAGGAAGUGGUGAUCGAGAGCGGAGUGGUCUGUCAGGCGCUCGAGUAUCUCGUACUCCACGCGCCGACAAUGAAGUCAUCGCUUUUGGCCACAUCUGAGGAAUGGAAAGAAUUCACGUCAAGACCUGCUCUUAAAUACGUUCUCAGAUUAUUGACCGGUAUUUGCCAUCAUUUGAUAGAAAGCGGGACUGAAAUUGUGAUGACAUUAUAUAUUUUAGGCUUAAGUCACGGACACGAAAACACACAACUGUUGGUCUCCAAAGACAGUAUACCAAUAAUCCAUGGCUUAGAACAGGUGUCGUCUGACGCACACGUGGGCUCAUUGGCCGAGAAUCUAAUGGAGGCCAUCAAAGAGCACCCGUCAGUCGAGGCCAAGAUAGAAGAGGUUCGGCUCAAGACCAGAGACGAGAAGAAACGGUUGGCAAUGGCUGUGCGCGAGAAACAAUUGGGUGCACUCGGGAUGCGGACCAACGACAAGGGACAGGUGACCGCUAAGGCAUCGCUUCUCAAACAAGUGGAGGAUUUGGGCGAAGAGACGGGACUUAUUUGCAACAUAUGUCGCGAGGGAUACAAAUUUCAACCAAACAAAGUGUUGGGAAUCUAUACAUACACUAAACGAUGCAAUUUAGACGACUUUGAGCUCAAACAACGAAAAACUCUGGGCUACACAACAGUCACGCAUUUCAAUGUAGUGCACGUGGACUGUCAUAUGGCUGCCGUACGACACGCCAGAGGUCGCGACGAAUGGGAAUCGGCGGCCCUCCAGAACGCCAACACCCGGUGCAACGGUUUGCUCCCGUUAUGGGGUCCGCAGGUCCAGGAGUCGGCGUUCGCCUCGGCUCUGGCCCGACAUAACAACUAUUUGCAGGAAUGCACGGGUCAUCGAGAAGUGUCCUCCACUUCAUACGUGUCCACAAUUCACGACUUGAAACUAUUGAUACAACGGUUUGCAUCGGAAAAGUCAUUCAGCGAUGAUUCCGGUGGUGGCGGACCCCAGUCUAACCUCCAUAUGAUUCCUUAUAUGAUUCAUAUGGCUCUCUAUGUGAUCAAUACGACUCGAUCGGCGGUCAGGGAAGGCAAGAAGAUCAACAGUUUUCUCGAAAUGCCACCCAAUAAAUGGAUUGACAAUUGUUUUGAAGUAAUGACUUCUGAAAGUCCGUACUAUUGGUGUACAAUGUCUUUAGUAAUAUUCGCGCCCAAAGUUUGGCACAAGAAUCGACUCAAAUUCCUGCGACGGUUAAUACUAUGCGCUCACGUGAGACACCUGUCACCGCACGGAACCGCUUCGCUCACCGACUCCUCGGUUCAGGACUUUAAUGUCUACAAAACGGCGCUCAUAUUCUUCGCGUUUGUCAACUCUCUCUAUAACACAAUGUUUAAGAACGUGAAGGGAGGCGACGAGUGGGGCCUCGACUGGCCGUUAGCUCUGGCAGAGUAUAUACGAAACAACGAUCAGUCGCUUAUGGAGUGCGGGCACAAGUUGUUGCGCUUCUACGACGAAGACCUGCUUCCGAGCCAAUCGUUGGACGAGUUCUUAGACGUCGCCGAACUUCUCAGUGAUAUUCCCGAACCCAACGCUUAUAUCGAGAAUGCGCUCAAAAUAUCCGCAUUAUUAAAACUAUGCCAUAAUUUACAGUUGAAUAUAACGAAAAUACAUUCAAUUAAUGAUCUUGAAAUUAGUGGAUAUUAUAUGAACGCCAACAGUAAAACUGGAGACUUCAGAUUAUUUAUGAGAGUAUCGACGACUAGCGUAAGGCGACGAUUGAAAAGUCUAUCCGCCGGUCACUUACGCGCCCGGGCUGUACACCCAUUGCCUUCACCAACACCAGAGACCCAAAGCCAAGAGCAACCGGACUAUAGACCGGAAUCUCCGCCCGAAUCUCCGGCAGAGUUGAAAGUAGAGGACGACUCAAAAUCGGAAGCCACUGAGUCCGGGCCUAACUAUACGCUAACAUCGAUGGGAAACAAAAGCAAUAAAGUCUCGGAGGAGGGCUCCCGAGGCAAAGAGGAUAAGAGUCUCUAUUUGUCUAGUGAUAAAGUGCUCGACAUUAUAGGAUAUUUCAAUUACUCGUCCAUUAUUUCUCACGGAUUGGACGACUAUUUACACGGCAUAGUUCGUGGUAAAUUAGAGCGAAAGUCGUCGUUCUCGUACGACUCCCUACUCACCUACUUUUCGUGGUUAAUAUUCGUGAGGAAUAUGUGUCUCGCGUUCACCGAAGACGUCCAGAUCAGGACAUUGUUAGGCGAGAAGGAGAGGGUGAGGCCGGAGAGGCAGUUGGUUAUGGUCGCCACCAUUUGGUCCAUAUAUGUGGCGGUUGUGCUCUACGUCUACGAGAGGGCCACCAAAUGGAAAGUCUUUUCGUGGCUCUCGCCCUUCCAAGUGCUCAGAGGCCAAUCGGUAACGAAAAUGUUUGGUCUGAACACGAAAAUGGCCGAAGACUGGCACCACUACACCAUAAACAAGUGGCGCCGAUACCUAGUGGUGGCCACUUUGCGGUCGGCGGCCGGCAUCGCGUUUGUCAUCUGGAUCUGUACGUUGCGCUGGAAGUCGAGCACUCAGUUCUUCAAUAUAAUGCAAGUGUUUUGGUCGAGUUUGCUGGUGCUCUGGGUCUUUCUCAGCUCUAACCUACUCUAUGUCAGUUACAUCUACUUUAACUCCCUGUGCUUUUAUUUCCGGAUUCGUUACGCUAAGACCUGUGUUAGUGUUAGGUUUACUAUAACUCAAUGUUCACUGAUUUGCGGCCAUCGAUGGCCUGUCCAUCAGGUGAACGCUGACAUCGAGUCGAUCAUCUCGGGCUCCAGUCGUAUGAAGUCCAACGAACGGACAGCCAUUUUGCACCACAUCCUCGUCGAGCACAACGAGCUCUGUCUGAAGAUCUUUGAAUACAACCGCUUUUGGGCCAAAUGGCUGAUGAGCUCCUACUUCUUCUUAGUGGCACAAAUGUGUUUCACACUAUUUCAGGCCCUCUUCACCACUAAUCCAGUGCUCGUCCGCAUUGUUAUGUUUGUGAUCGCCUGCGAGUGCGCCUAUUUUCUCACCACUAUAUCCAUCAGUGCAUCCCUUCUUUCAAAUACGAAGAUAAAUGAAGAUGUGGCACACGCGUCGUACUCGAGGCUAAUUCGCGUUACAUUUGAUAAAUACCCGGUUGAGCUACAAAUACAGUUGCGAAUGUUUAUCCAACGCCUGUCCGGCCCUACCAUUGGAUUCUAUUGUCUGGACUUAUUUGAGAUAACAUAUACCACUUAUGCCAGUAUUGUGGCGGCUUUGGGCCAGAAUUUCCUACUGAUCGUCGACUUUGUCCGCUCUUAUGCCGAAGUCGGCCGCGAAGACGACAACAUUGAGUACGCGUUCUCUCAGUUAACGGACGCCGUCUUUAACACUACACUAUCGGCCAUAAGUUUGGUUGGUUUCACUGAAACCACCGAAAGUCAUCCGCCGGUCGUCACAAACAUUAGCUUA